AUGCAGAUUGCACUCCUCAUGCGUGUUUUGGAUCUGCAGGUCGAUGUCUACUCAGAAGCUCGACUGCAAGCUUGCGUCACAGUCGACCAGGCACGCCGACUGCUGCAGCAUCCUGCCGAAGCGGUGAGCUCUGACCAGGUUCCACUUUUGCAACUAAGCUGUCACAUGUGCGGAGAAGCAGUAGUUGAUGUUCAGUCCUGGAGACGGCGCUAUCGCACUAAACAUCCUGACUCCUACAAGAUUUUCGAAGCUCUUUCCUCGCAACAUUUGGGCACAAUCGACCUUGGCCGGCCAUGCCCCUUUUGCCAAACUGAAUAUCAGAAGACGCCCAAGGUGCACGUCGCCAAGUGCUUGCCACUCCUUCAGGUAGCGCAAAUCGCAGCUCUCUGGGGAAGUCAGACGGCCCUCAGCACGGCCCCAACACCCUUCGGGGGGGUGCCGAAGAAGCAAAGAAGAGCCGAGCCGCCGAAUCCAAAACGGCAGCCAAAGCCCAACAAAAGAGAGAGGGCCACCCCGGACCUGGACGAGGAGACGGAGGAGGAAGAACUCCAACAAGAUCGUCCCAACAAGAGCCUGCAAAAAUUGCUUGUUCAGAUGAUCCUUCGCCACGAGUUCUCCUUGCAGAUGUUGGAGGCGGACAGAACCUUCUGUCUCUACUUUCUCACCAAGGACAGCACAGUUCUCCCGCAACUUCACAAGACCUCACUGGACUGGAAGGAGAAGCACGAACAAGGCCUAAGCGGCGGCCACACAGUUGGUGGGGUUACGCCUUCGGCAAGAACGCGUCAAGCCAAGCAAAUUGGCGGAGGCAGUCAAGAAGGCCAGCAGACGCUGAACUGCUUCUUUGGCUUGGGGGCCAACAAGCCCUCGGCCCUCGGCCCCCAAGGGGGACGCAGCCACUGGCAUGAGGGUAUCGUCCUCAUAAACAGGCACAAUCAGUGCUACUUGAACUCCACCGCCUUGCACAUUAGCAACAUACGAGCUCACGUCAGUUCACAAGUCGGCGAGAUUGAUGCCUUGCAUCAGGUACCCACGACUGAUCACCAGAUAGACUUGUUCCAGCAGGAAGGAUGGAAGGCACUGCUCAAAAAAUGGAAGAAGCCUCGACAACAGCAUGAUGUCACUGAGCUGCUUCACUUUAUCUCUUCUGCGCUGCAAGGUCCGGCCAUGGAAGGAGAAUGGGCCAUCAAUCGCCCCACUCUCAGCUCCCCGAUGCGACUCUUAGAUCACUCGCCUACUAGUCCUUACAUUAAAAUGAAUUUUGAUGGUGACAUGGAACUUCAGGAAGUUAUAAACGGUUGGAAGGGCAGCACACGUGUGACAGCGCUGAUCAGUGCACCUGAGAUUCUUCUCAUUAGCCUAGCGUGCUUUCAGUUCUCUGGCAAUCGUGUCAGGAAGAAGCGCAACCGCAUACAACUUCAGCGCAGGGUGGUCAUGCCUGUUUUUGACGCUAGGACCGCUAGGAGAAGCCUAACGGCCACCGCAGGUGGGCCGAGAGCCCGACCCAAACAGGCUCGUGCAACUCAUGAUGCUCACUACUCACUCAUUGGGGGCAUCAUUCACAUAGGCGACCUUGCACACACAGGGCAUUACCGAGCUUUUGAGAUCGCCCCCAAGACGGGCAUGCCAGAUGGAACUGAAGAUGCCAUCAGUGCUGCUGACAUCACCAUUCAUGAUGACAACCGUAGACCAGCUGUAGCCACAAGAGCUCAGCUGAAUCAGAUACACAACAACGCCUACGUCAUUGCUCUUAGGAAGUCCUAG